GUGUUUUCCGUAGAUUACUCCUGCUAUUCUUCCCAAGCCGGCCACUACCCUCCCUAUAGAUUCCUUACUCUUCUUUUACCAGACCCCUCCUGGACAAAAGAAGUAGACCGGAACCUUUUCGCCGUCUUCAGUUGUCGACUUCCAUCCUCCGGCCCCUCGCCACAUAUUCCCCAACACAUCGGGUGGAUCCUGUUCCAAACUACGUCAGGCACCGGGCUCGUCCGCUGUUCUUCGGAAACGAAACGACGUCUGUUGUUUUCAUACGCUUUCACUCCUCCGACCUAAUAGACUUGAUACCCAAAAUCCUCUACAAACUUCGAUUCGACGCACAGAGACUCGCAUUUACCGGCCAAAAGCUCCCACCGAGGAACUUCUCCAUCGAUAGUAUUCACGCCGGUUCACAAAACGCCGGCUGAAGCUAAUUCUGGCCAAUAAACUUCCUGUCUGGAGCUUAGCUGCUCGGACAACGGCACGACUCGUCGACAUUUCAUGACUGCAGAGAUCCCGAGUCCUGCUAAAGAUUUCUUUUCCUAAUACCCACAGUAGACACUACAGCCAACCAACGUUCAGGAUGACUGAGACAAAUGGAACCGCUGCGGCUGCUAACAGCUCCCGUCAGCGCAACGGCGCCAACGGCGUCACCGUGCCUGUGGCCAACGGCAAGGCUACUUACGCUCAGAGGCACAAGAUUGCCGACCACUUUAUUGGCGGCAACAGGCUAGAGAAUGCCCCUCCGUCCAAGGUCAAGGAGUGGGUUGCCGCACACGACGGCCACACAGUCAUCACCAACGUCCUGAUUGCCAACAACGGUAUCGCUGCCGUCAAGGAGAUUCGAUCCGUGCGAAAAUGGGCAUACGAGACGUUCGGAGACGAAAGGGCCAUUCAGUUCACUGUGAUGGCCACUCCCGAGGAUUUGCAAGCAAACGCAGACUACAUUCGCAUGGCAGACCACUACGUCGAGGUCCCUGGUGGUACAAACAACAACAACUAUGCGAACGUCGAGUUGAUCGUCGAUGUUGCGGAGCGCAUGAACGUGCACGCCGUUUGGGCCGGUUGGGGACACGCAUCGGAGAACCCAAAGCUCCCUGAGUCUCUCGCUGCCUCGCCUAAGAAAAUUAUUUUCAUCGGCCCUCCCGGCUCCGCGAUGCGCUCGCUCGGUGACAAGAUCUCUUCUACCAUUGUCGCUCAACAUGCCCAGGUCCCAUGUAUCCCCUGGUCGGGAACUGGUGUUGAUGCGGUCCAAAUCGACAAGAAGGGAAUUGUCACCGUCGACGACGACACUUAUGCCAAAGGAUGCGUCACUUCAUGGCAGGAGGGUCUUGAGAAGGCCAGACAAAUUGGUUUCCCGGUCAUGAUCAAGGCUUCUGAGGGUGGUGGUGGCAAGGGUAUCCGUAAGGCUGUCUCCGAGGAGGGCUUCGAGGAGCUCUACAAGGCCGCUGCCAGUGAAAUCCCCGGUUCGCCCAUCUUCAUCAUGAAGCUUGCAGGCAACGCCAGGCAUUUGGAAGUGCAGCUUCUCGCUGAUCAGUACGGCAACAACAUCUCCCUCUUUGGUCGUGAUUGUUCCGUCCAGCGAAGGCACCAAAAGAUUAUCGAGGAAGCUCCCGUGACCAUCGCCAAGCCCGACACGUUCAAGGCCAUGGAGGAGGCCGCUGUUCGUCUUGGUCGUCUUGUCGGUUACGUCUCUGCUGGUACCGUCGAGUACCUGUACUCGCACGCCGACGACAAGUUCUACUUCCUGGAGCUCAACCCUCGUCUUCAGGUCGAGCAUCCUACCACUGAGGGUGUCAGUGGUGUCAACCUCCCCGCUUCGCAGCUUCAGAUUGCCAUGGGUAUCCCUCUCCACAGGAUAUCUGACAUUAGGCUCCUUUACGGUGUGGACCCCAAGCUCUCGACUGAGAUCGACUUUGACUUCAAGAACCCCGACAGCGAGAAGACGCAGAGGAGGCCAUCGCCCAAAGGCCACCUUACUGCCUGCCGUAUUACCUCAGAGGACCCUGGAGAGGGCUUCAAGCCGUCCAACGGUGUCAUGCACGAGCUGAACUUCCGCAGUAGUUCAAACGUGUGGGGUUACUUCUCAGUCGGUACGCAGGGUGGAAUUCACAGUUUCUCCGACAGUCAGUUCGGUCACAUUUUCGCCUAUGGCGAGAACCGAUCCGCGUCAAGGAAGCACAUGGUUAUCGCCUUGAAGGAACUUAGCAUUCGUGGUGAUUUCCGCACCACGGUCGAGUACCUAAUCAAGCUUCUGGAGACGGAGGCUUUCGAGGAGAACACCAUUACCACUGGCUGGCUGGACGAGCUUAUUUCGAAGAAGCUCACUGCGGAGAGGCCCGACAAGAUGCUUGCUGUUGUGUCUGGUGCUGUCACCAAGGCCCACCUGGCGAGUGAACAAUGCCUCAACGAGUACAAGGCUGGUCUUGAGAAGGGACAGGUCCCAUCUAAGGACAUUCUCAAGACCACAUUCCCUAUCGAGUUCAUCUACGAGGGAGAGCGGUACCGUUUCACCGUCACGCGCUCGAGCAAAGACAGCUACCAUCUCUUCAUCAACGGUUCCAACUGCUCCGUCGGAGUUCGUCCUCUCAGUGACGGUGGUCUGCUGAUCUUGCUCGACGGCAAGAGUCACAACGUCUACUGGAAGGAAGAGGUUGGUGCCACUCGUAUUUCUAUCGACAACAGGACCUGUCUUCUGGAACAAGAGAACGACCCCACUCAGCUCCGCACUCCCAGCCCCGGUAAGCUGGUCAAGUACACUGUUGAGAGUGGCGACCACAUCAAGGCUGGCCAGACCUUUGCUGAAGUCGAGGUCAUGAAGAUGUACAUGCCUUUGGUAGCUCAGGAGGAUGGUACAGUCCAGCUGAUCAAGCAGCCUGGCUCAACCCUCGAGGCUGGUGACAUUCUCGGUAUACUCUCACUCGACGACCCUAGCCGCGUCAAGCAGGCUCAGCCGUUCCUGAACAAGCUUCCUGAGUACGGUAACCCUGUCAUCACCGGUAACAAGCCCGCCCAGCGCUUCACGCAGCUGCACAACAUCCUCGACAACAUCAUGCUUGGAUACGACAACACAACUGUCAUGCGCGACAGCCUUCUGCAGCUCAUCGAGGUCAUGCGUGACCCUGACCUCCCAUACAGCGAGUGGAACUCACAAUUCUCAGCCCUUCACACCCGUAUGCCGCAGAAGCUGGAGGCUCAAUUGAGCCAUGUUAUUGACAGGGCUCGGGCGCGUCAAUCGGAAUUCCCCGCAAAGGCCUUGAAGAAGACAUUCCACAAGUUCAUUGACGAGCAUGUUGCCCGCCAGGAUGCUGGCCUGCUCAAGACGACCCUGGCUCCUCUCGUCGACGUGCUUGAUCUUUACGAGGAAGGACAGAAGGCACACGAGCUGAAGACCAUGUCCAACUUGAUUGCCAAGUUCAUUGAGACUGAGAAAUUGUUCUCUGGCCGCCGUCUGCAGGACGACGACGUUAUCCUGAAGCUGCGUGAUGAGAACAAGGAUGACAUUCAGAAGGUUGUUCAGACAGUACUGUCACACAGCCGUGUCCCUACCAAGAGUCUUCUUGUCCUUGCCAUCAUCGAGGAAUACCGACCCAACAAGCCGGAUGUUGGCAACGUCACCAAGUAUUUCCGUGACGUCCUGAAGAAGCUCACGGAGCUCGAGUCUAGGCUGACCGCCAAGGUUUCUAUCAAAGCGCGUGAGGUCCUUAUUCAAUGCUCUCUUCCCUCGCUCGACGAGCGCAAGGCGCAGAUGGAGCACAUCCUGCGUUCGUCGGUCGUUGAGUCCCGCUACGGCGAGGCCGCGUAUGACCACCGUUUCCCCAACAUGGACGUGAUUAAGGAGGUUGUCGACUCCAAGUACACUGUCUUCGACGUAUUGAGUCUCUUCUGGGCGCACAGCGACAAGUGGGUCUCGCUGGCCGCACUCGAGGUCUACAUUCGCCGCGCAUACCGUGCGUAUGACCUGGGCAAGAUUGACUACCAGUACGAUGAGGAGGACGACCCUGUCUUCGUCAGCUGGGACUUCGUCAUGAAGCUGAGCGGUGAUGUGGAGUUUGGAAUUGGCGGCCCUCUGCAGUCUGCUGCUCCAUCUUCUCCGGCUACCCCGAACGAGUUCACGUUCAACCGCGUCACUUCUCUCAGCGACAUGUCAUACUUGGCCAAAAAGACAGCUGAGCAGCCCAUCCGCAAGGGUGUCAUGGUUGCUUGCAAGUUCUUUGAUGAUGUUGACGACGACCUGCCGAAGGCCUUGGAGAGCCUGCCCAUGAAGGGUAAGCUCAAGAGGCUGGGCAGCAGCGGUCCUGCCGCCGCCAUUGCGUCUCAGCUCGACAACAAGCGCCGACCGGCAGCAGCAUCCCGUGACGAUGAUGAGCUCACGGCUGUUGUCAAUGUUGCCAUUCGCGAUGCCGAGAGCCGUGAUGAUGACGAAACCCUUUCGCGCAUCAAGCCACUGCUUGCUAGCUUCAAGGAGGAACUUUGCGCUCGUCGUGUGCGCCGCAUCACGUUCAUCUGUGGCAAGAACGACGCCUCGUACCCGGCGUACUACACCUUCCGUGGUCCCAACUACGACGAAGACGAGAGCAUUCGUCACAGUGAGCCAGCUCUUGCCUUCCAGCUUGAGCUUGAUCGCCUGUCGAAGUUCAAGUACAAGUCGGUGUUCACCGAGAACAAGAACAUCCACGUGUACGAGGCUAUUGGCCGUGGCGUUGAUACUGACAAGCGCUACUUCACACGUGCGGUGAUUCGGCCAGGUCGUCUCCGUGACGAGAUCCCCACGGCUGAGUACCUGAUCUCCGAGGCCGACAGAGUGGUUAAUGACAUCUUCGAUGCUCUUGAAAUCAUCGGCAACAACAACUCUGAUCUUAACCACCUCUUCCUCAACUUCAUCCCCGUUUUCAACAUCCACCCCGGCGAGGUUGAGCAUGCUUUGGCUGGUUUCUUGGAGCGCUUUGGCUCGCGCGGCUGGCGCCUUCGUGUGUCCCAGGUCGAGAUCAGGAUUAUCUGCACUGAUCAGAACAGCGGCGCUAAGCUCCCGAUCCGCUGCUACAUCAACAACACCUCUGGUUUUGUUGUCAAGGUCGAGCUGUACCACGAGCGCAGGAAUGACAAGGGCGACUUGAUCCUUCACUACAUCUCGGGCACUAGCAAGACUGGUGCUCUCCACUUGCUCCCUGCCAACACCCCGUACCCUACCAAGAACUGGCUGCAGCCCAAGCGAUACAAGGCGCACCUCAUCGGUACCCAGUACGUGUACGACUUCCCCGAGCUGUUCAGACAAGCCAUUCAGCUCAGCUGGAAGAAGCUCGAGGCGCAGCACUCGCCCAUCGCCUCCAAGAAGCCGGAGGAAGGUGAAUGCACCCACACCCUGGAGCUUGUCCUCGACGACCAAGACAACCUGCAAGCGAUCGAGCGUGAGCCUGGUACCAACACCUGCGGAAUGGUGGGCUGGAUCAUCACUGCCUUCACACCCGAGUACCCCAGCGGUCGUCGCUUCGUGGUUGUCGCCAACGACAUUACCUACAGCAUCGGAUCUUUCGGACCCAAGGAAGACCACUUCUUCAACAAGUGCACGGAAUAUGCCCAGAAGCUCGGCAUUCCUCGCAUCUACCUGUCGGCCAACUCGGGUGCCAGGCUUGGUGUCGCCAAUGAGCUGAUUCCCCACUUCAAGGUUGCCUGGACCGACCCGAGCAACCCCAACAAGGGCUUUGACUACCUCUACUUGUUGGAGGAGGCCAAGAAGAAGUUCGAGGAGACUGUUAUCACUGAGGAGAUCACUGUAGAUGGCGAGACCCGCCACAAGAUUGUCACCAUCGUGGGUGCUGAGGACGGCCUUGGUGUCGAGUGCUUGCGUGGCUCUGGUCUCAUUGCCGGUGCCACCAGCAGGGCCUACAACGACAUCUUCACCUGCACACUGGUUACCUGCCGCUCAGUCGGUAUCGGUGCCUACCUUGUCCGCCUCGGCCAGCGUGCUGUUCAGAUCGAGGGCCAGCCCAUCAUUCUGACUGGUGCCCCUGCCUUGAACAACCUGCUUGGUCGUGAAGUUUACACUUCCAACCUGCAGCUCGGUGGCACCCAGAUCAUGUACCGCAACGGUGUCUCGCACAUGACUGCCAACGAUGACAUGGAGGGUAUCGCCAAGAUCAUGGAAUGGAUGUCAUUUGUCCCUGACCAGCGCAACAGGCCAGUUCCCAUCAUGGCUCCUCUGGACAAGUGGGACCGCGAGGUUGACUUCACGCCUCCCCAACGCCAGCCUUACGACCCGAGGUGGUUGAUUGCCGGUAAGGAGGAUGCUGAUGGCUUCCAGUCCGGUCUCUUUGACCGUGGCUCCUUCGUUGAGACCCUUGGCGGAUGGGCCAGGACCGUCGUCGUCGGUCGUGCUCGUCUCGGUGGUAUCCCCAUGGGUGUCAUCGCCGUCGAGACUCGGGCUGUGGAGAACAUCACCCCUGCCGACCCUGCCAACGCAGACUCGAUGGAGCAGGUCACCAACGAGGCUGGUGGUGUGUGGUACCCCAACUCUGCCUUCAAGACUGCGCAGGCCAUCAACGACUUCAACAACGGUGAGCAGCUGCCUCUCAUGAUCCUUGCCAACUGGCGUGGUUUCUCAGGUGGUCAGCGCGACAUGUACAACGAGGUUCUCAAGUACGGCUCGUUCAUCGUCGAUGCCCUCGUCAAGUACGAGCAGCCCAUCUUUGUCUACAUUCCGCCGCACGGUGAGCUUCGUGGUGGAUCGUGGGUUGUUGUCGACCCCACGAUCAACUCGACGGUUAUGGAGAUGUACGCCGACAAGGAGGCUCGUGGUGGUGUGCUUGAGCCCGAAGGUAUCAUUGGUAUCAAGUACAAGAAGGAGAAGCAGCUUGAGACGAUGGCUCGCUUGGAUCCUGUCUACGGUGAGCUCAAGAAGCGCAUGCUGGCCGUGCAGGCAGCUGCCAAGGACAAGACAGGCGCAGCGGACAAGGAGGAGCUUGAGCAGAUCAAGAAGCAGAUGACGCAGCGUGAGGAGCAGCUCGGCCCCAUUUACCAGCAGAUUGCUAUCCAGUUCGCCGAUCUUCACGAUCGUGCUGGACGCAUGAAGGCCAAGGGUACUAUCCGUGAGGUCAUCGAGUGGAAGGAGGCCCGUCGCUUCUUCUACUGGCGUGUGCGCCGCCGUAUCAACGAGGAGUACCUCAUCCGCAAGAUGGCGCGUGCCACUGCAGGACUGUCAAAGACAACCUCGGCCAAGAUCUCGGAGAGUGCUCGCAAGGGCUACCUGCGAUCCCUGGCUGCCUGGACCGCUGUCCCUGACUUUGACCAUGAGGACAGGAAGGUUGCAACUUGGUAUGAGGAGAACACCAAGAUCGUGGAGGAGAAGCUCAAGGCAUUGAAGACGGAUGCUGUCGCUUCCGAGAUCAGCGCUCUCAUCCGUGGUGGCACUUGGACUCACGAGGAGGUUGAGACACCUUCAACGCCUUCUAUUGAGAAGAGCAAGGCGCCUCUGGAGGAGUCAACGGAGCCGAGGAGCCCGACAGGACCCGUACCGACAACCGAGAACGGGCUGAGCUCAUCAUGGAAGGGCGUCAGGGACGUGUUGCGCACGAUGCCCGUGGAGGACAGAGAUAAGAUUCUCCAGUUCCUGAAGGAGUAGGAGAGGAUAUGUAUUUGAGUUGGGUGGAGUACAGCCAUGGUAGCACGGCUGGGGGAUAUCGGCGUUGAGGGGCGCAGUUGUUGUCCAACCUGCUACUCAUGAGUCUGGUGUACAUUACAAUUUUGUGUUAUCUGUUCUUUCUUUUUUUCUUUCUUUAUAACGAUUAGAGGAUGUCACUGGAAAUACCACCAUCCAUGAGGGUGGAGUACUCUGACGGCGGUUGGUUUGUUCUACUACUAUUUGGGCUCUAUAAUAGUCUAUUUUUCGGAACGAGUGAAAAUUUCAUGGUCUUAUUAGAAACAUGAGCAUCUCCGUACGAGAAUUUGCACCUGCCAGUCUGUGUCUGUCUU